AUGGCUCUUUCAGAUGCGAUCCAACUUCUCGGACGCGGGCUGCUGUCAACGCCACUCGGCCUUCUUGCCGUACUCGGAGUCCUUUAUCUCUUAUACAAACGGUUGCUAUUACCCCGGCCCCUCCCGGGUAUUCCGUACAAUCCGGAGUCAGCCCACAAAAUCCUGGGGGAUGCCCCAGACAUGCUGCGGGAGGUCAGCGUCACUAGAGAGCUCAACGUGUGGCUACUCAAGCAGGUGAACACCCUGCAGACACCCCUAUCCCAGGUGUUUGUGGAUCCCUUUUCGAAGCCCUGGGUACUUCUCGCCGACGCCAUCGAAGCCCAGGAUGUCAUGAUGCGGCGGCCCGAGUUUGACCGGUCGGACUUUAUCACCGACGGGCUGGGCCCGGUGGGCGCCUUCCAUGCCCGGAUGAAGAGGGGCCAGACUUGGAAGCAAACAAGAGCCUGGCUGCAGGAUCUCAUGAGCCCCAGCUUUCUGAAUGGGACGGUCGGCCCCGUCAUGUACGACAAUGCGCUUCAUCUUGUCCACUUCUGGGAGAUGAAAGCUCGCUUGGGCAGUGGGCGACCGUUUGACGUCAACGAGGAUCUGAAUCACAACGCUCUCGAUAGCAUGCUAUCCUUCGUGUUUGACGAACACUUUGAGCACACUGCUCUGGGUCCCCAGUUCAAGGCUCUCUCUCAGCUACACCCCUCAAGCAUCAAGAUCGGACCAGACGGAGAGGCCGAAUUCCCCGAGGCACCAGUUCAUAAGUUCAUUUCUGCACUUUAUCAAACGGUUGAAGGCAUCGAUGAAGUAACGAAGUCUAUGCUCCCAUGUCUGAAGACGUGGUGGAUCAACCAGACACUGAAGUUCAGGAAGCUAGUAGCAGGGAAGAGACAAGUUAUGCGAGAGCAAAUCCAAGGCUCUCUUAGGAGGUUAGAUGAGACGGGAGAAGCUAAGACGGCAGUGGAAUAUAUAUUGAUGCGUGAGAAGAGAACUGCAGAAAAGGAGGGCCACAAACAACCUGAGUUUAAGAGUCUAAUUUUAAUAGAUGAGACGCCCACGUUAGCUGAACUGAACAAGAUGUGGGUGCCCUAUCUUGAAGCUGUGCUGGAGGAGGCACUCCAGCUGCAUGCCACCAGCGUAGCACAGCAGGCAACCCGCAACACAGAGGUAUUCAGCCAUCGCAUCCCUAAGGGCACGAAUGUAGUCAUGGUCGCCAACAGGCUGGGAUUCCAUGCGCCAUCCUUUGACGUGGACCCCAGCUGGCGUAAUGCGACAGCAAAGACGACAGUAGGCUGGGAUGAGGGUUGA